GGAGACCCCGGAGGCAGCCGGUCCUGAGGACAGCUGGGGACAGCACGAUGACCGUGGAGCACAGGGACGUGCUGGUGCUGCUGCCCACACAGGAGCAGCUGCGGCUGGUCGUGGGGGUGCAGGCCACAGCGCGUGAGCUGUUCCAGCUGGUGUGCGACAAGACCGGCGUCAGGGACACGCGCUUCUUUGGCCUCAGUGUGCUCAGAGACGACGAGCACAUGUUCAUGGAUUUGGAGCAGAAGCUCAGCACGUACUUCUCGCAGGACUGGGGCAGAGAGCCGCGGAACGACGGCGGGGGACCCGGGGCCGCCUUCGUGACCUUCUUCCACGUGCAGCACUACGUGGAGGACGGGCGGCUGAUACGCGACCAGGCGGCCAGGCGCCUGUACUACAGCCACCUGAAGGGGCGGGUGCUGCGGUCGCAGUGCGCCCACCAUGAGGAGGCCUACUUCCUGCUGGCCGCCUACGGGCUGCAGGCCGACCUGGGCAACCACCGGGCGCGCGCCCACGUGGGGCGGUACUUCGAGCCGCAGGCUUACUUCCCCCCGUGGAUCAUCGCCAAGAGGGGCAGCGCCUACCUGCUCCGGCACGUGCCGGCCCUGCACCGCGAGCAGCAGGGCCUGAGCCCCAAGGAGGCUCUGCUGCGCUUCAUCCGCGAGGCCUGCCGCCUGGAGGACGUGCCCGUCCACCUCUUCCGGCUGCGCAAGGACAAGAAGGAAGGCGCACCGACCGUCGUCCUGGGACUGACCCUUGGAGGGGUGCGCGUCUACCAGGAGGCGGGCCACACUCCCCGGCUGCUCUACGACUUCCCCUGGGCCCGCAUCGGGAAGCUGGCGUUCCUGAGGAGGAGGUUCGAGAUCCGGCCGGACGGGCUGCCCGCCGCCCGGAAGCUGGUGUACUACGCGGGCUGCGCCGCCCGCGCCCGCCACCUGCUACGGCUGCUCCGCGCCAGCCACCGGCUGCACCUGGCCCUGCAGCCCGCGCGGGGGCGGCUGCGGCAGCUGGAGCAGGCGCAAGAGAGGACGAGCUGCCGGGAGGUGUACAUCGGCGACACGCUGGAGCUGGACCUGCGCCCGGCCGGCAGCGGGGGCAGCGGCCGGCACCCCUCCCGCCUCUCGCUCCUGUCCGCCGACAGCCACGGCAGCUCCCACGGGCCGGGCAUGGAGCCCGGGGAGAUGUUGGUGGAUGCACCCCCCGGGGCCGAGGCGCUCCGCGGGGGUGUGGUGUCCCGCAGCCCCAGCCCCAGCCCCAGCCAGGACAGCGGGGGCUCGGCUGGGAGCCGCGCCCGCCCGCCCCAGGGGGACGCCCAGGACCCCGGGAACGCCUCUCGCCCCCAGAAGCCCUGGGCGGUGGUGCAGGUCACGCUGGUCAAGGUGAGGGGCCGGAGCGCCGAGGCCCUGCACCAGGUCCCCAAGCCAACCCUGGGCCGCGUCCACUCAGACCGGCACAGCCGCAGCCUGGAGGACGUGCGUCCACGCCCCGCCCCGCGCCCUGUGCCGGCCCCACGCCCUGUGCCGGCCCCGCGCCCUGUGCCGGCCCCGCGCCGCUGCCCCCUUGGCGUGGGGCUGCACCCCAGACCCUCGGCCCUGGAUGGAAGUGGGUCCUCGCGCCGCCUCUCCCUGCACCUUCCUGGGGAGGACCAGCCCCCGGAGGAGUUUGUGGUGUAGGCCGCCACGGCGGGGCCCGGUCCACCCUGCGCGGCUCAGCGCACACAGGCCCCUCCACUCGGAGGGGUCGGUCCAGGCCCCGUAGCUCCGCCCACAUGGGGCUCAGGCCGCGCCGCACCCCCAAGCAGUGUGGCUGUGGGGGCCCCACCAGCCCUUUCUGUGCUGGAGGCACCCGGUGAGCCUGGUGGACAGGGCCUCGGGCUCCGCCCCUCUGCCCCAGGCUCCUCCUCCCCCAGCCUCACCGGUCGGAGGGGUGAAACUGACUCCCAGGGCAGCCCCGGAGGUGAAGGGCAGGUCCUGCUCUCC